CAAUCAUAAGUAAACAUAAACAAAUUUGGUUAUUUUAUGCAGUGAUAAUAAUAAUAACAGCUAUUAUUCGUGUUCUGUGAUAACUAGUCCACCAAAGAUUAAAGAGAACUCCCUAAUUUUUGCUAGUCUACUUUCAUUAAUACCGUUUGAAUGUUUGAAUAGAAAAGUGAAUUUCUGAAAUUCGAAAAAAAUGAAGAAGACAAAUCUACGCUUUCAUCCUAUCAUUAGUUGCAUACAAAAAAUAGCAUUAUAUGAAACCAAAUCAAAAUUUUAUCUUGUGGGUUCCAACAACACUCAAACAAGGUUUAGAGUUAUUAAGAUUGAUCGAAUGGAACCAAAAGAACUUGUAGUUUAUGAUGAUAAAGUAGAAUAUACUGCACAGGAAAUUCAUAAUUUAAUCAACAUGAUUCUAGCAGGAAAUAGAAAUAGUACAUCUACCAAAGGUUCUCCCAAAAUAAUUUCAGCCUUUGGAAUAGCAGGCUUCAUCAGAUUUUUAGAAGGUUAUUAUAUUGUUUUGAUUACAAAACGCAGAAAAGUUGCUGUUGUUGGGAUGCAUACUUUAUAUAAAAUAGAAGAUACUAACAUGAUAUACAUUCCACAUGAAUCUAUUAGGAUUGUACAUCCUGAAGAACCAAGAUAUGUCAAGAUGUUUCAGAGCAUCGAUCUAGCUAGUAAUUUCUAUUUUAGUUAUAGUUAUGACCUUACUCACAGCCUACAGCAUAACCUUGCAACUCCAAAGCAGUUUAUACCUAAUAAUAUUUCGAAUGAAAGCUCUAAUAAUACCCAAGAGGAGCAAAAGACUAAAUUUAAUAUAACAUUGGAUUCUAACGAUGGUAUAGAAACCUAUGGUAUUCGUACUAGACCAUAUAGGAAAUUUGUAUGGAACAAUCAUCUAUUGAAUUUGGUGGAAGCUGAACUUCAUCCAGAUUGGCUGCUAUAUAUAAUCCAUGGAUUCAUUGGCCAAUCAACAAUCAAUGUGUUUGGUAGAGCAAUUUAUGUGACCUUGAUUGCUCGUAGAUCUUGCAGAUAUGCUGGAACCAGAUUUUUGAAAAGAGGAGCCAAUUUUCAGGGUGAUGUAGCUAAUGAGGUUGAAACCGAACAAAUGGUACAUGAUUCAGGAGUGUCAUCAUUGACAGAUGGUCACUUCACAUCUUUUGUACAGAUGAGAGGAUCAAUUCCAGGUCACUGGAAGCAAGAAAUGGGGAAAAUGGUGGCCAAACCUGCUAUAACUCUAGAUCUUCCAGACCCAUUUGCAGAAACUGCAGCCAUACAUUUCAAUGAACUCUUCAGUAGAUAUGGAUCUCCUAUAAUUGUAUUGAACUUGGUAAAACAGAAAGAACGAAAACCACAAGAGAGUUUAUUGAGUGAAGUUUUAAGUAAUGCUAUAAAAUAUCUGAACCAAUUCCUGUCAGUGGAAAACCAAAUUAUAUACAAAACCUUCGACAUGGCAAGGAAAAAUAAAGGCACCGCAAAUGUUAUGAAAUAUUUGGCAGAUAUAGCCACCAAUGCAGUUACGAAAACAGGCAUAUUCCACAAUCAACAAAAAUAUUAUUCACAGAAACCAAACACUGUGGUGGGACUUCACAAAGAGAACGAUUUUGUGAGUUUACAAACCGGAAUAAUAAGAACGAAUUGUGUGGAUUGCUUAGAUAGAACCAAUACUGCUCAGUUCGCCAUAGGAAAGUGCGUUUUGGGUUAUCAACUUUGCGCUCUGGGUAUUUUGGAUUCACCCAAACUUGAAUUCGAUACUGACUGUGUAAGGAUGUUAGAAUGUUUAUAUGAAGAUCAUGGCGACACUCUUGCACUUCAAUACGGUGGAUCUCAGUUAGUUCACAGGAUUAAAACGUACAGAAAAACAGCUCCAUGGACAUCCCAAGGCAAUGACAUCAUGCAAACCUUGAGUCGUUAUUAUAGCAAUACAUUCUCUGAUGCUGAAAAACAAAACACAAUUAACAUUUUCCUCGGUAUCUUUAUACCAGAAGAAAAUAAGCCACAAAUAUGGGAAUAUCAAAAUGACUAUUACUUCCAUCAUAAGCCCAACGUUUAUACAAAUAAAUCACUCAGUCAGUGGUGGGACGAGGAUGUUGUAAAUUGCUUGCCAUAUUCCUUCAACGAUGCAACAAAAUCUUGUUACGAAAUCAUACAAGUACACUCUAAAGAUGUGGAAAUGAUAGAUGCCUAUGUUGACUAUCAUCGACCAAACGAAUUGAGUGUUAUGAGCGAAGUCUUCGCUUUUCAAAUAAGUCAUUCCUUCAGGGAUUUCCUCCCGAAUUUCACUACAGAUUAUAGUCCGUUCAGUAUAAGAAUUAGACCAGUUAGAAAAAGAGAUGAUGUUUCUGUUAAAGGUAAUAUGAUGAAGAAUCCAUCUGUCUCUGGUCAGAGUUCAACAAGCUCCACAGCUUCAAGCACAAGUUCUAGUGAAGAUGAAUCAGCAACUGAUGACGAUGGUUUCCAUAUAAUCGAUUGCUCAAUGUCAGGUUCAAAAGUAUCUGACUCUCAGCCCAUAACAUUCAAAUCCUUAUUUCCAACGAUGAAAGAAGUAUAUGGAACAGAACUGAUUGAACCAAAAAAACAAGAUCUGAUGGCUUAUAAACGAUAUGUUUUAAUUGGUAAAAAGGCCAAUGGGACCGCUGUUAAGAAUUUCACUCCUGUAGCGUUCAAUUUGAGACCCUAUACAUCAUCGAAAGAUUCUUCAAUGAGUGUUAGUCCACCUAAAGUAAAGAUGGAAUCCAUACAAAUUUAUGAAAGGUACAUAACCACAGGAUUCACUGGAGGGUUCAAUCCAAAAAAGUCUGAUAUGGAAUUGUAUAAAAAAUACACUAUGUAUAAAUAAAUAUUAUAAACUUUU